AUGGGGCAGCGGUCUGGGCAGGUCAGCAUCCACCAGGGAUCGUUCCACAUCGGUGUGGCCACCGUCAUCUCAGAACAGCGGGUACUGACGGUGGCGAGCUGCUUCCAGCAAAGGCUGGCCUUGCGUCAGGCAGACCCUUCGGGGACUCGGGUGACUGAAACUCCUGGGCCAAGGGUAAUGACUGGGAACAGAGACUCUGAGACAGAGUAUGAUGAGACAGUCAGAAAGCUGAGAAAGCUGUCUCGAGGAAAGUGUCUGCACUGGUCGUUCAGCACCUAUUCUCUUGCUUCCAGCUCCUUGGCAAUUCUUCAUCUUAGAAGAAUGUGCAGACGACCUGUAUACUUGAGCCGUGUUGUGGGCGGCCAGGAGACCAAAGCAGGGCACUGGCCUUCGCAGGUCAGCCUGCACUUCAAACAGAACCACGUCUGCGGAGGUUCCCUUAUCAGUGAGAGGUGGAUCUUGAUGGUGGCACAGUGCGUACACAAAACCUGGAUUCCUUUGUUAUAUACUGCGUGGUUGGGAUCAAGUUCAAGGAAAGGCUAUUCAAAUAAUGGUGUGAAGCAUCAUGUAGCCCAAAUCACUAUCCAUCCCAAAUCUCGAGGUUGAACUGCAGACAUGGCCUUGCUGAAACUGGUCUCUAGAGUCACCUUCACUUCUUCCAUCCUGCCCAUCUGCUUGCCCAGUACCACAAAGCAGUUGUCAGUUCCAGGCUCUUGCUGGGUGACUGGAGAGGGGAAAGUUAAGGAAAGUGAAGAUACUGAUUACCCUUCCACACUCCAGGAAGCAGAAAUACCAGUCAUUGACUGCCAGGCUUAUGAAAAACUCUACAACCCAAUUGGUUUUUUAUUGCUAAGUAAGCCAGUCAUCAAGGAAGACAUGAUUUGUGCUGGUGAUAUUCACAGAAGGAAGGACAGUUGCAAGGGUGAUUCUGGAGGGCCUCUGGCAUGUUUCAUGAAUGGUGUAUGGAUCCAGAUAGGAUUGGUGAGCUGAGGUAUAGGAUGUGGUGAAUCUCCUCCUGGACUCUACACCAAUGUGAUGGACUACCAAACAUGGAUUAGCUUCAUUGUCUCAAGAGCUGAGGUCCUGGGCACCAACAAUCUGGACUUAUCCAACCUGCUGUUCCCUGCUGUACUCUCUGUGGCUUGCUUGGGACUAUCUUGUGCCUUUGAGCCAGACGUUUUACCAGGAGAGUAG